AUGAAGCCCUCCAGAGGACCGCACAGAAGGAACUAUAUGGAAGAUGACAUCGAUGUGAACAUAGCGAUCGUUAACGAGAGCCCUGUCCCUAAAAAUGUCGACGAAUGCACGAAGAGAGAGUACCGCCGCCAACUUCAAAAUUGGGAUGACUAUAACAAGAAAUGGGGUCCAAAAACAGUUGAUAAUCUAGCCGAUCUCAAGGAGUUUGUGCUUCGCAUGGGAAAGGCAAUACGUAAACAUAAAGAUUUGCGUCCUGAGGAUACUCUGCCAUAUAGCGGUUUAAAAUCCUACUGGAAGCAAUUUACAGCUGGCUACCGAAUAUAUCGAGGCCCCAUACGAGAUGAAUUUGUCACAUCUAUCAAGAGAUUUAUCGAACCUCGAGGAGAAUUAGGCAAGCUCCUUAAUCUUGUACCAGAUUCAGGGCCAAGGAGACAUGCCACUGAAGUCACUUUUGCUUGGGAGGGAUGUUUCCUCUGGUCUCUAGAUUGGAAGACGUUUUCACGCCCACGUUUCCGCCCUCUCUACAUGAACCCAUUGCUGUUCUUUCUCGUCAUAUUCUGCGUGAACGGAGCCUUGAGGGAUUACCGUGGGGAAGAAGGUUUAUUUAAACUCCUAGACCUAAAACUAUGCGAAGAUACGCCUAUAAUGCGUAUCCAUUGGCACCGAAGCGUUUUAAACCAACCACUAUUCACGGGAAUUAGUGGGAAGAUUUUAAGAGCGCGGGAGGUAAGUGAGGGAUUGAGGGCAUUAGGGAUCAGAAGUGGAUUCCCGAAACCCCCUACAUUCCACGAUUUCCGAGCAGAAGGUCUUACUAAUAUCGAUUUGAAACCGUUUUACUCGGAUACCCAAAGGAAUAGGAUUGCUGGCCACGAGAAUAACCAGAUGCAUCAACAACACUAUGCUGCUAGAAAUGGAGGCAUCGAUAGCCAAGCAGUAUAUCAGGAUAAUGAAGCCAGACUAAUUAAUCUCGGGAGGCUCUUUCGUCUAAUCGAGGUAGAAUGGCAGCCAUCUCUGUGGCAGUCGUUGCCUUUAAUGAAACAGAGGGAGCUGAUGCAAACAGAAGAAUAUAAGGCUAAGAAGCUUCCACUUCUCGGAAAGGUGAAGUUGGAAACAGCGAGUCUAGUGGUAAAGGAGGGGAGCGAAUCUUCGGAGGAAUGCAAAAACCUCCUUCAUCCUAACCGUAAGCCUAGAAGGGAUAUAAAACGACUUGAACAGAUGAAGCUUCAGGAAUAUUGGGAAGAGACGUCCACAGGAAAUAUUGUCGGAUCUGAAGUAUAUGCUUGCAGGGGAGUGAAUCGCCCCUUUUCGAGAUUGAGACCGAUCCUUCCAAACCGUCGUAGGCUGGCUGACCUCCUACCUAUGUCGUCGAGACUACGCAGCGAAAAGGGGAGAGAAGCACUACGGGAGCUAAUAGCCCUUUAUCGGAGCAAGUCGGAAGUUUAUCGCCCAGGGCUUAACAAAUGUCCUUGCGAAUGCAAUCCGAAAACCCAACUACACGUCUACCGCUGCACAAAGAAGUCACACCAUUUUGCAGAGUUUUGUUUCUUUUGUAACGAAUGGCUCUACGAUUUCGAUGCCUGGGAGCAACACUGUCACUCGCAUUUGAGCCUGGACCAUCUCCCAGUAGAGGUAGCAUACGAGAGAGUAGAAAGCACAUUCUUGCCAGGCUAUUGUCCGUACUGCCUAUGGGACACGUCCCUUUCGGCGGCCAGCCGCCUGCGCCAGUUCUGUACCAAAAGCAAAUGGGAAGCUGAGGUUAGGGACCACGGGUUGCGCUGGCGAAGACAGCAUUGCCCAGACGAGCGUUGCGCUGAGGAGUUCAAAAACGGCGAUUCCUUCGUCUGCCAUAUGCAUGACCUGCACCGCGUUCCGGAAGAACUAUUAAUAGCAACUGCAAGGGGGUUGAAAAGAAAAGCCGAUAUGGUUGAAGAUAUUCGUCAGCCCAAGAUUAAGAUAAGAAAUGCAUGGGAUGAUGCCACUUCUGUCUUCGAUACAUGGUCGUUUGAGGAGGCUACGUAA